AUGGAUCCCUGCCCAUUCGUGCGGGUCACAGUGGGCAAUCUCGCUCUCAAGAUCCCAGUCGCUUCCAAGCCCGCCCGUUCCGUCGUCCACCCUUCGUCAGCUCCAUGCUUCUGCAAGAUCAAGCUCAACAACCUGCCCCCUCAAAACGCCGUCGUACCCUGUCUCCCGCCUGAGGCCCAAACCCUCGACAGCGCCGCUCAGGCAAACGGCGUCGCCGCUACUUUCCACCUUAGCAAGUCGGAUCUGGACCGGGUCGGGUCCAAGUCCAUAUUCGCCCCCAAGCUCUGCCUUAAAAUCUCGAUAUACACGGGUCGCAGAGGCAGCACCUGCGGCGUCAAUUCCGGAAGGCUGUUGGGUCGGGUUUCCGUGCCGCUGGAUCUGGCGGGAACCGAGUCCAAGCCCAGUGUGUUCCACAACGGGUGGGUCUCCGUCGGGAAAGGCGUCCUCAAAGGCGUGUUCUCGGCCCAGACCCAGUUCCAUUUGAAUGUUAAGGCCGAACCCGACCCGAGAUUCGUUUUCCAGUUCGACGGAGAACCCGAAUGUAGCCCACAAGUGUUUCAGAUCCAAGGCAACAUUCGGCAGCCCGUGUUCACCUGCAAAUUCAGCUUCAGAAGCACCGGCGACCGAGGCACUCAAAGAUCCAGGUCUUUACAUUUGGACCACGGCAACUCUCGAAGCUGGUUAGGCUCGUUUGGGAGCGAGAGAGAGCGACCGGGGAAGGAGCGAAAGGGCUGGUCCAUAACGGUCCACGACCUCUCCGGCUCGCCCGUAGCUGCAGCCUCGAUGGUCACGCCCUUCGUGGCCUCACCCGGUUCGGACCGGGUCAGCCGAUCCAACCCGGGAUCCUGGCUCAUCCUCCGACCCGGCGACAACACGUGGAAACCGUGGGGCCGCCUCGAGGCCUGGCGCGAAAGAGGCGGCUCCGAUGGCCUUGGGUACCGCUUCGAACUCAUUCCCGACACCAGCGGUGCCGGCAUUGUGUUGGCCGAGUCCACUCUCAGCUUAAACAAGGGCGGGAAAUUCGUACUGGAUCUGGGUUCGGGUUCCGGAACCCGACCCGUCCCAAACUCUCCGGGUUGCAGCCCGCGGGGCAGCGGGGAUUUCGGGUACGGGUUGUGGCCCUAUUGCUUGUACAGAGGUUUUGUGAUGUCGGCGAAGGUUGAGGGUGAGGGCAGGUGCAGCAAGCCUGCGGUGGAGGUGAGCGUGCAGCACGUGAACUGUACGGAGGACGCCGCGGCUUACGUGGCGUUGGCCGCAGCCGUUGAUCUGAGCAUGGACGCCUGCAGGCUUUUCUCUCAACGGCUGAGGAAGGAGCUAUGUCAGGACUCGGACCUGCUCCGAUGA